GUAAAAUUUCAGUUACUUUCAUUUAGGGUAACAUUGUACUUCACAAAUUUUUUAAAGAUUUCGGAGAAUCAAAAGCCAAAUAAAUGAAGCCCUUCACAACUUCCUGGGCCGACGAGGUGGAGGCGGACUACGUGGGUGGUCUGCCGCCAUCGAAUGAGUACAUCGAGGGCGACUACAAGUAUGUGACGGAGUACAAGUUCAACGAGGAGGGCAAGAAGGUGAAGGUGGUGCGCACCUUCAAGAUUGAGAAGCAGAUCGUUCCGAAGGCGGUGGCUCGUCGUCGCAACUGGGUGAAGUUCGGGGACUCACGCAUGGACAAACCUGGUCCUAAUUCCCAGACGACCAUGGCCUCCGAGGAGAUCUUCAUGCAGUUCAUCGGGUCCAAGGAGUUCGAUCAAACCCACGAAACGCAAAUGGAUGCCGGCAAAAAUAUCGCCAGAUGCCGCAUUUGCAACGGGGAGCACUGGAGCGUUAAUUGUCCCUAUAAGGGCACCUCGAUGGACAGCAAGACCGUGAUGGAGAACAAGGCCAAUGCUGCCGCCGCAGCUGCCAUCAGCGAUCCCAACAAGAUCGGGAAAUACGUGCCGCCUUUCAUGAAGGAAGGAGGAGGAGGCGGCGGCUCCUCUGGCAAGGGUUGGGGUCGCGAGCGGGACGAUUCUUCGGCGGUUCGCAUAUCGAACCUAUCCGAAUCCAUGACCGAACCAGAUCUGGAGGAACUGGUGAAGAAGAUCGGUCCGCACACCAAGAUUUAUCUGGCUCGCGAAAAGAACACGGGUCUUUGCAAAGGUUUUGCAUAUGUGCACUUCAAGUUCCGCCAGGAUGCAGCCGCUGCCGUGGAAAUCCUCAAUGGGCAUGGCUACGACCACCUGAUCCUAUCCGUCGAGUGGUCCAAGCCCCAGCUUUAAAGGGUAUACCCUUCUAUGCAUGAUUUUUAGUUUAAACUCGCUCACGGAAAUGAGAAACGCUCGCAAAAAAUCAAAAUAAAGCAUGUGUGCACUUCGAGCAAAAUAUAA